CGACAUGUAGCAUGCCUCGGCUCAGGCCUCCAUACCGAAGUUCCCACCAUGAACCUCAAACCCCGGCCUUCCUAACCACCACGAGCUUCCACCCUCACCCACACACCCGCAAUCACCAUGGUCUCAAAAUCCGCAAUCAAAGUCGUCUUCUUCGACAUCGGCGGAGUCUGCGUGCACUCCCCAAUGAUCGCCAUAUCCGAGUACGAGCGCGCACUCUCGCUCCCUACGGGCUACAUCAACUUCGCGAUCAGUGCGGGCGCACCCACAGGAGCCUGGCAACGUCUGGAGCGCAACGAGAUUCCGCUGGACAUGGCGUUCUUCGCCGCGUUCGCACGUGACAUCCGCUCCCCGACUGCCUGGCGGAGGUUCCACGAUGCAAAGAGCCUUCCCGUAACGGCGGCAGCCCCGCCGCUGGUCGACGGCGAAGCUCUCUUCUGGCGGAUGAUGGCGAAGGGCCAGACGCGCGACACUGUCGUGAUGAACGCGGUAAGGCGGCUAAGGAAGGCCGGCGUGAAGGUCGGCGCUUUGACGAAUGAUUAUCGAUACCCCGAUGAACAUCCGUAUCUGGAGGGGAAGGACGAGUUGAAAAGGGAGUUUGACGUGUGGGUGAGCUCUGCGGAGUCGGGGAUGAGGAAGCCGGAGGAGGGGGUCUAUAGGGAGGCGAUGAGACUGGCGGGCGUGGAGGACGGCGGACAAGUGGCGUUUUUGGAUGACAUUGGGGUUAACUUGAAGGCUGCGGCUGGGCUCGGGUGGAAGACGGUGAAGGUAAGUAUUGGGAAGAGCAGGGAAGCGGUGGAGGAGUUGGAAAGGGUGGUGGGAUUGAAGUUGCUUGAUGAGGAGGAGGGGACAAAGAGUAGACUGUAGACAUAUUGAUACCCAUAUUGAUACCCAUCUGAAGACACACAUGCAC